AGAGAAUACAAAUUCUUUUUAUCUCUCAAAGUAAACAGAAAAACACAAAACUGAACGAAACCCAGAAAAGAAUUAUUCAAAUCCAGACCAAAUGAGCAACUUCACAACAUUCACCCACUUCUACGAAAACUGGUUGGAGCAAUUGCACAAGCUGGUGAACCAGUUGUCCUCAGCUCCAAGACCACCCUCUAGCCCAGACCAACACCACCACCUGGUCCAGCUGGUUCACCAGGUGAUGUGUCACUAUGCUGAGUACUACAAGUUGAAGGCACAGGCAACGGAGCGCGACGCAGUGUCGGUGUUGACGGCCCCAUGGGCGAGCUCGCUUGAGCGAUCGCUGCACUGGAUAGCUGGGUGGAGACCCACCACGGCGUUUCACUUGGUGUACACUGAGUCAUCCAUUCGGUUUGAGUCCCACAUCGUUGAUAUCCUCCGCGGCUUACGCACUGGUGAUCUCGGUGACCUCUCCCCCUCUCAGUUCCGCCGUGUCAGCGAGUUACAGUGUGAAACUGUAAAGGAAGAGAAUGCUAUAACGGAGGAGCUAUCAGAGUGGCAGGAUGGUGCUAGUGAGGUCAUUGGCGAGUGUGGUGAUGAGUUCGAGAAGAAGAUCGGACGGUUGAUAAGUGUUAUUAAAAGGGCUGAUGAUCUACGGCUGAAAACGGUCCAGAAGGUGGUUGAGUUGCUUACCCCACAGCAGGCUGUUGAGUUCUUGAUUGGAGCCGCUGAGUUACAGUUUGGGAUCCGUGGCUGGGGGAUCAAUCAUGACCGGAAGCGUACCAAUUUUUGAAAUUCCUUUUUUCAAAUAAUUGUUCUGUUCAAACUUCAAAGUGAAAAGUAGUGAUCGAUAUUUGCGGCUAUUCUAAUUCAACAGCAUCAAACUGUUUUGUACUGCCGACAAUGUAUACAAUGUGUAUACUACCGGGUCUUCAAUUGAACAAUUCGAAGAUUCAUAAGAUUUGCCUCGUAAUGAGACAUUUACAAUUGACAUUGUCCUCCACUUACAGAAGUUGG